CCGGCGCAGGUGGGGCAGGCGGGGCGGGAGGCGGGCGGAGCAGAGCGGCCGGGCCGAGCCGAGCGGGCCCGGAGCGCAGCACCCGCGGGGCUCCUGUGCCGCGGCAGCCGCCGCUCUCCCGCCGGUCCCUCCCGGCCGCCAUGGCCGCGGAGCCGCUCUCCUUCCGCGCCUUCCGCGCCGCUCGCCCCGCCGGCUGCGAGUACGGCUACGGGCACGGAGCCGGGCUGGGCGCGCUGCGGGACCGCGAGUUCCCCCGGCUCCGAGGUAUUACUUACCUUGACCAUGCUGGUUCAGCACUUUUCCCAGAGAGUCUACUUAAAGCUUUUACUGAUGACCUCAGAAACAACGUUUAUGGCAACCCUCAUAGUCAGAAUAUCAGCAGCAAGCUGACAUAUGACACAAUCGAGCAUGUUCGAUACAGAAUAUUGCAACACUUUCACACUACUGCUGAGGAUUACACCAUCAUUUUCACAUCUGGAUGCACAGCUGCACUUAAACUGAUAGCAGAAUCAUUCCCUUGGAUACCUGAAGGCACAAAGCAACCCAGCAGUCGAUUUUGUUACCUAACUGACAGCCACACAUCUGUGGUUGGUAUGAGGGGCAUAACUGCUUCAAUGAAUGUCUUGUCGGUUCCCAUAAAACCAAAGGAAAUUCUGUUAGCAAAAAGCAGGUUACCGACCGAAGAACAAAACUGCACAACACCUCAUCUGUUCUCUUACCCAGCUCAAAGCAAUUUUUCUGGUACCAAGUAUCCCCUUUCAUGGAUACAGGACAUAAAAUCUGGAAAACUCUGCCCCAUCAAAAUACCAGGGAAAUGGUUUGUUCUACUAGAUGCAGCCUCGUACGUGAGCAGUUCUCCAUUAGAUCUGGGAGUCCACCAAGCUGACUUUAUCCCCAUCUCAUUCUAUAAAAUCUUUGGAUUCCCAACUGGUUUAGGAGCAUUAUUGGUAAACAACAGGAUUGCUCCCCUCUUGAGGAAAACCUAUUUCGGAGGUGGAACUGCAGCUGCAUACCUCGCAGGAGAGGAUUUUUAUUUCCCAAGGAAAUCCAUAGCAGAAAGGUUUGAAGAUGGUACAGUCUCUUUUCUUGAUAUCAUUGCUCUGAAACAUGGAUUUGAUGUUCUGGAAAAACUCACAGGUGGAAUGGAGAAAAUAAAACAGCAUACAUUUGCAUUAGCUCACUACACCUAUACUGUGCUAUCUAACUUAAAAUAUGCCAAUGGGGCUCCUGUGGUACGUAUUUACAGUGAUACAGAUUUCAGCAGUCCUGAUGUCCAAGGUCCAAUCAUUAAUUUUAAUGUGCUUGAUGAAAAUGGAGAAGUGCUUGGCUUUUCACAGGUGGACAGCAUGGCAAGUCUCCACAACAUACACGUUCGCACAGGCUGCUUCUGUAACACAGGAGCCUGCCAGAUGCAUUUGGACAUGAGCAAUGAGGACAUCCAAAGGAACCUGCAGGCUGGCCACGUCUGUGGAGAUAACUUAGACCUAGUGGAUGGACGUCCCACUGGUUCUGUGAGAAUAUCCUUUGGCUAUAUGUCUUCUUUUGAAGAUGCACAGACUUUUUUGAAUUUCAUCAUAGCCACCAGACUCUCCAAAUCGGACGCUGAGAUCCCGCUCCAGUCAGUUACAAAGCCGAUGACAGAGUCUGUUCCAGAUGACCACCUUUCUUUUAACGAUGCAGAUAAAUUGUCUCCAGUACUGCAAAUCUCUGACAGAGAACUCAGGAAUAUUUCAUCUGAGGCACAGACAACUGGCAGGUGGCAGCCACUGGAGCCUGAGGCAGAGAGCAUAAGGGCAGCUGUUUCUGAGACUGCAGUGCCAACGUGUAGAAAAGGUGGCAAGCCCAUCACCGUGGCCAAAAUUUACCUCUACCCAAUCAAAUCCUGCUCUGCAUUUGAGGUUACAGAAUGGCCAGUGGGAAACCAGGGUUUGCUGUAUGACCGAAACUGGAUGGUUGUAAACCAGAAUGGAGUCUGCAUGACUCAGAAGCAGGAGCCAAGGUUGUGUCUUGUGAAUCCCUCAAUUGAUCUGAAGCAAAAAAUUAUGGUCAUUCAGGCAGAAGGCAUGGACCCAAUAUCUGUACCAUUAGAAGACAAUACUGGAAAAGACACUGUGAUCUGUGAGAGUAAAGUCUGUUCACACAGGGUAAAAACGUAUGACUGUGGAGAAAGAAUUGCUGCCUGGCUCUCUACAUUUCUUGGUAGUUCAUGUCGCUUGAUAAGACAAAGUUCAGACGUGAAAAACAAGUCACAUCAGAAAAAUACAAAAGGCCUGUCUUCUGCUACAAACAUCUCACUCUCUCUUGUGAAUGAAGCACAAUACCUCCUGAUAAAUGUAGCAAGCAUUCUGGAGCUGAAAGAACACAUUUCUGCAAGAUUGAAGGAGCCAUUGGAAAUAGAGGAAUUGAUCCGACGUUUCCGUGCCAACAUUGUCAUCAGUGCACCAGAGUCCUUUGAGGAGGAAGAGUGGGCUGAGAUUUCAAUAGGUGCUCUGCAAUUCCAGGUUGUGGGUCCAUGUAGCAGAUGUCAAAUAAUCUGCAUUGAUCAACAGUCUGGGGAACGAAACAAAGAAGUUCUGCAGUCCCUGUCUGCAGCCAGAGGUAGAAAGACAAACUUUGGCAUAUACCUGAUGAACCAGCCCUUGCUCCCAUCCUUUUCAGAUAUUUUAUCAGUUGGGUCUCAAGUACAUCCAGUGCUGAAGGAGAAUACAGAAAUUCAGCCUCCGACAUCCAGUGAAGAAAAAUGUUCAGGAUAGAUUCUCUGGUGGAGAUGAAAUUUUUCUGCAACUACAGGGAGAAGUCAGUAGUCAGUUACUCAAAAAAAAAAAAAAAGAAAAAGGUUCCACUCAUUUGCUUCUGGUAAUUUUCUGUUUGCUGUAAAUGUUAUCAGAUGGCAAAACUGUUGAUAAUGACAGCUCACCUACAUGUUUUUGCUUGUGAUUAGGUUAAGCAGCCAUAACUGUAUUUUGCACAAUUGCUUCAGGAUGCAACAGGUUUGAUCAAGUCUUACUGGUGGAUGACUCCCAAAACAAGCCCAACUUUGUUGUCAGAAAGCCACAUCUCAGUGAAGGAAAGUAAACACAAUAAUACACUACUUCCUUCUACUGCUUUGUCAAAACCCCAAUUAGGAGAGAGGAUGCAAGAUAUAUUUUAGAAACAAUGUGGGUGGGAAGAGAACAGUGGGAGAAUGGCAUGAGAGUUGCAGUGCAUUCAGCUUUUCAAAAAGGAAACUGAAGAUGAUGGUUUUGCAAAACACAUUCCUUGUGAAGGAAUUCCAUCCAUUUGUUCUCAACUUCUUUCUCUUCCAUUUGUUGCUUUUCCAUCUGAUUAAUUUUAUGUGAUGUCUUCCCUGGGAUUUUUUAUGUAAAGGUGUCCCUGCCUAUGGAAGAGGAGUUGGAGCUAAAUGAUCUUUAAGGUCCCUUCCAACCCAAGCCAUUCUAUGAGUUCCACACUCGUGUUUCCAGAUAUAUUUAUGGAUGCUGGCACAUUAUAUCUUAUUAGAGAUUUUUCAAGUAAUACAGUAAUUUUCUAUACAAACAUUGUUUAUCUUCAGCAAUCUCUAAUGGUCAGUUAAGGGAACUCUUGAAAGUUUGGAUGCUUCUCCAUCGUGAAAGACAUAUUCUUUAUUCUUAAUCUUUGUUCAUUUCAUAAGGCUCUUCUUAAAUGGCUGUUGGAAGCUCCUAAACAAGACUCAUGCUUUCUGAUUUCUGAGAACAAAUGUCUGAAACCUUAGACUUACUCUGAAAUUUCAAUUACUGUGAAAAUUACAAAAAAAAACAAAUAAAGGAAGCCAUGGAGCAAAAAAAGAAACUCACAUGGAAAGUCUGUGUAAAUCAAGACUGAAUACAUUGAGGCCAGGUGUUUUAUGACCCUCAACAUGUGUCCAGCUAGCUAUGGGAUGAUUUCACUCUUCCAGGAAAUCCUCCUGGAAGACAAAAUUUUCCUGGAUUGGCUGCUCUAUUGCCAUCUGGGAAGUGAAAUUUUGACCCUUCUAAAAGCACCAUCAAAACUCUCAUCCAAUAUGAUUUAGAUCUUCCUUGGGGCAAUUUUGGCUCCAGCUGUCUGAAAGUGUUUCUGGCUGAAGCAAUCCUUGAGUUGUUUGAGCAUAUCCCUGGAGGGAGGCAGGCAGCUUUGUGGAACAGUUGGUCAAACAGUCAUUCUGGAAGAGGAGCAGCUACCACAGAGCAGCAAGCAGCAUAGAAUGGGAAAAAGGAAGCUCAUCACCCAGAGCACAAAUCAGAGUUCAAAAAAGUUCUUUUUUCUUUCCGGCUUUUUUUUUUUUUUUUUUUUUUUUUUUUUUUUUUUUUUUUUAAUGUAAAAUGGUUUCUUUUUUCUUUUGUCCUUUUGAAGAACUGGUUUUACUCACUUCAGCUGGAACAGUCUCUCAGCCGAGCUUUGUAAUGGAAAUGAGAAGAAACGUUAUCUGGUUCUUACAAUCUGCCAUAAAAUACAUGGAGAGAGGUUUUUCAUAUGUAUGUAAACUGAGAAUCAGUUUUGAGAGUUGUACUUUCCACUUCAGAGCCCAAGGUCUGCUCCUUGAUGCCUGCUUUGAAAAGCAGGGGGUUUAUCUCUCUAAUAGUCAGUUAUCUGAGGUUGUAAUGAGCAGGCUUUUUUGGAACCUUGAAAAGCAGUUUCCUGAUAUCUAAAUCUCUUAACUGCUUUACUCAGCCUUUCUGUUAUCCAGAAUAUUGCUUUGCUGGGUAGAAAGCCAGCAUAGCUUUAGCAAAUUUAAUAUGGAGAUCUGUUGUAUACUGACCUUUGGUGAUCUCUGAGACUCUGCUCUGUCCUCUUCACCUCACCACUGUGUCAUUUGUUUAAAAGGGCACAGAAGUUAGAAAAGGAAAUUGAAAGCAACCUCAAAAUGCUCUGUUUCACUUAUUAUUGCAUUUGGUGCAAAAUAAGUCACUUUGGUACACAGUGGCUUGACAAAUACUGUUUGUGAAUACCCAUGAUGCAAUGUAUGAUAACUAUGGAUGAGAGGAUUUGAACUUUAAAAAUGUCAUGCUUGGUCAUUUUGACCUAUUAUUCACGGUCAAUUACACAUUCUCUCUGUUGUGGCAUAAGUAAUAUUAGAUCAAGAAUAAUUUUGUCAUUUUACAGGGGGUAAAAAAAAGAUUUCCUCUGAUGUAUGAACAUACUCAUUAGUAUAGUCUGCAUUUCCCAGAAGGAACAUCCUUGUGGUACAGUGGUAGGAAAUGUCACAACACUUCAGAUUGAUGGAAGAUACAUAAGGAAUCUUUCAGCUAAAUAAAGGAUAAUAUUUCCCUUCUAGUAAGUGGAGUGUUCUCACCAGUACUGAUAAUGUCUUUCCAUCGAUGAAGACAAAUUCUUCUCAGUGCCAAAACUCAGGGAAAUCUUGAAGUACAGCGUCACUUUUAAACAGUAUGCACUGUAACUUUGCAGAAAGAAUAUCCCUUCCAUAAUGUGAAAAAAUAAUUCAAAGAAAAAAGAAAUCUAGCAUACUGCAACCUCAAGGACUGCAGAUACAAAAGAGGUAUAAACACUUUGAAACACUAUAUUAAAAAAGUGUCUGUUCUAUAAGGGAUUAUUUCUUAACUUUCCAAGUAUAUGGAAAAUAAGACCAUUUUAUAUGAAUGUAGAAUCUUUGAUCUAAAUACCCCAAUUACUGCAAAACUAAAUCUUUGGAAUAAUUGCACAUAUAUGUUUGCCUUAUAUGGAUAAUAAAUGUACUUAAUAUAUUAUUUCCAGAGUGCUGUAUUUAGAAAGUCCCCUAUAUUUUUGAAAACCAAAUCCUUGUUUACUUGCAAUGAAUUAUUCAGACACAUUCCAUUCUCUAUGAGACUUAGCUCCUUCUCAAAUCUCAAGGUAAAAAUGGUGAUUGUUACAAGCUCUAAUAGUACCUAGGAGACUGAAAUCAUAAAACAGAAAUCAGCAUUUUUAGGAGAAGUUUUGGAGCUCUGUGUUUUCUGAUACGGCUAAGAUAUUUCAGAUUAAUUUUAAUUUAUAUACUUUCAGUGGUGUCCUUCAAAGUAUAGCAAAAAAUUUAGGUCAUCUUUAGGUCAAAAUUACACCCAAAUCAAAAUGAAGGACUGCAUUAAAAAUGUGAUUAUUCUUCAUAAAUUGUAGAAAUUAUGCUAUGCAAGUCUUCUUUCAUCUGGUUUUUAAUUUUCUUGGAAAUUAAACCAAUAAAAUAUCUAUGGCGUUUGAUGUG